AUGCUCAAGCUCAAGCACGACCACGAGGUUCCAGCGGGCGGUGGCAGAGGCAGAAUUGCAGUCGCAGACCGCAACACGCGCUCCCGCCGCAGAGACGUCGCCGGCCGCCGGCUGCCGCCCAGGCGCCCACGGCCCACACCCGCGCGCUCCCGGUCCUGGGAUCGCCGUGCCCCCGGCCGCCACCCGUCCACGCGGCCGCCGCCUGUCCGCUGCCUCGCCGGCCUCCUGGGCCCGCCGGCAGGGGCGUGCGCCGCGCGCCUCCUCCUACUGGGCCCGUGGGCGGUGGCGCUGGCCGGCGAGCGAGCCCAGCCGCGGCCCGAGGCACAGGAGGCCGACGCAGCCCGGGGCGCGGGCCCUCCGCGAGCGAGCACAGGCAGCGGCGCAGGCACACAGCAGCCGGCCAAGCGCGGCGCGGGCUCCGGCGGCGUGCGGACCGGGCAGCACAGGGGCGUGGGCGGGGGCUCCCGGGGGCGGCGUGGGCGGGGGUCCGGCGGCGUGCGGACCAGGCGGCGCAGGGGCGUGGGUGCGGGUCGAGCAGGUGGGUCUGGCAGCGGCGUGUGCGGGGGCUCCCGGGGGCGGCGUGGGCGGGGGUCCGGCGGCGGUGGGGCGACGGCGCGGCGCGCGGGGCGAGGUGAAAUGCGGGAGUGA